AUGUCUCCUCACUUUUCUCAACUCCUUUCCGAAACCCCUGUGACACUUCCAGAUACAUGUACUUCGUUUAAAGUUAACGCUCCUAAUGUUCAAUACACUGAUACGCAUAUUAUUGCUGAUUAUGUGUAUCAUAAUGCCAUCGUAUCUAAAAAUAAUGUUGGCACUUUUGAAGUUUUGCCCACUGAAACCAAAUAUCAAUUUAAAACUGAUUUAAAAGUUCCAAAAGUUGGAUUAAUGAUGGUUGGCUGGGGUGGUAACAAUGGUUCUACCUUGACCGCCAGUAUCGUUGCUAACCGUAGUAACAUCUCCUGGCGUACUAAGGAAGGCGUUAAAUUUCCCAAUUAUUUUGGUUCCGUUGUUCAAGCUUCAACAUUAAAACUUGGUGUUGAUGCAAAAGGAAAUGAUGUUUAUAUUCCUUUUAACAAAAUUUUACCAAUGGUUAAUCCCAAUGAUUUAAUUCUUGGUGGUUGGGAUAUUAACUCUUUUAAUAUUGCUCAAGCUAUGGAACGUGCUCAAGUUCUUGAUUAUGAUCUUCAACGUCAAGUUACUCCAAUUCUUCAAGAAUUUAUUCCACUUCCUUCAAUUUAUUAUCCUGAUUUUAUAGCUGCUAAUCAAAAUGAUCGAGCUAAUAAUCUUAUUCCUGGUAAUGAUAAAAAAGUUCAUUUGGAACAUAUACGUAAUGAUAUUCGUCAAUUUAAAAUUAAAAAUCAACUUGAUAAAGUUAUAGUUAUUUGGACUGCUAAUACUGAACGUUAUUCUGAAAUUAUUCCUGGUAUAAAUGAUACAGCUGAAAAUAUUCUUAAAGCUGUUGAACAAAGUCAUUCAGAAAUUUCACCUUCUACUAUAUUUGCUUUAGCUUCUAUACUUGAAAAAACUUCAUUUAUUAAUGGUUCACCUCAAAAUACUUUUGUACCUG